AUGCAAGAUGAGAAACUGCAGGACAAGAUAAACCAGCCUGUGAGCAAAGUCAUCGAGCGGAACCGACUUAAAACGGUAUUAAAAAACUUGUCCCUCUUGAAGCUAUUCAAGAGCUCAAAUAGCCGGAUCCAAGAACUCCAUAGGCUGGCCAGAAGGUGCUGGAAUUCAAUGCUCAGAGUUCCACAGAUCCUGCAAAUCUCUUCUAGGGACAAGGACAAAGGGAAACAAAAUAACCCAGAGCUCCAAGAGGUCAGGGUCCUGGAGAAGAAACCGGAUUCUAAGAAGGCAGAGUCCAUGAAGAUAUCUAAGCGGCAAGCAUCCAAGGAGUGGAAACCCAAGCAAGGGUCCAAGGGGUCAGCUGCAGCCAUGACAUGGAGGAAAACGCAGAACAAGUCUAAAGUCUCCAAGACAUCAAAGAGUCGUGGCUUGCGAACCAGAGCCCAGAAGAGGAAAGCGUACGUCAAGAAGCCCCGGGUUGUCUUCUUGAAGACCUACCAUCACAGAACUCCCAUGGGGGACAGGAAGCCACUGGAUAUGACUGACCAGUUGGUCUGGUUUGAGGGGCUCCCCACACGCAUACACAUUCCAGGGCGCCGGAUCAUGUGCAGAUCGUCUACCUUACGGUGCCUCAAGCGUUCCUGCACCCGUUUCUGCUCGGCUUCACUCUGA